AGGAGGAGUCAGUGUGUGCCUGGCAGAUCCUUCUCCUGACCUUGCCAAUGAGAGCGAAGGAGGACAGUGUGUCUGUGUGUGUGUGUGCAUGCGUGUGAGUGACAGAAGGAGCAGUCCUAGUUUCUGCACUGCAGUUCUCCUGCAUGGCAGUGGAGUAAACCUGGCUGUAGGAGCAGAGAGAGACCCGCCUGGCCAUCUGCCAGAGAGAGAUGGGAUGUCAGCAGUGUGUGUUUACUGCAGGGAGCCAGCAGUGAGUUCUCUCUCAGGUGUGGUGUGAGCGUGGUGGGAUGAGAUGGGUGAUGGGCAGCAGGAGGCGGCGGUGGGCGAGUGCCGACCCCAUGCCCUGUUUGACAGCUUCGUGCAGGCGUCGACAUGCAGGGAGACACUGCGGGCGUUUCAGGAGCUGUGUGGAGAGCUUCAACUGCAGCCUGGGGGCAAAGCACUCUUCUACCACACGCUCAGGAGCAGACUGCACUACUGGAAGGCCAAAGCCCUGUGGGCCAAGCUUGACAAACGAGCCAGCCAGAGAGAGUACCAGAGGGGCCGUGCCUGCACUAACACUACGUGUCUGAUAAUAGGGGCAGGGCCAUGUGGGCUCCGCACAGCUAUCGAGCUGAGUUUCCUGGGGGCGAGGGUGGUGCUGGUGGAGAAGAGAGAUGCUUUCUCCCGAAACAACGUCCUCCACCUGUGGCCCUUUACCAUCCAGGACCUGCGCGGCCUUGGGGCCAAGAAGUUUUAUGGGAAAUUCUGUGCCGGGGCUAUCGAUCAUAUUAGUAUCCGACAGCUGCAGCUGAUGCUGUUGAAGGUGGCUCUGCUCCUGGGUGUGGAGGUUCAUGUGAAUGUGGAGUUCAGAUCUUUACGGGAGCCUCCGGAGAACCAAGAGAAGCGAAGUGUUGGAUGGAGGGCUGAGGUUCGCCCCACUACUCAUGCUGUGAGCGAGCUGCAGUUUGAUGUAGUUAUUGGAGCAGAUGGCAGGAGGAACACUUUACCAGGCUUUCACAGGAAAGAGUUCCGGGGGAAAUUGGCAAUAGCCAUCACAGCCAAUUUCAUCAACCGUAACACAACAGCAGAGGCCAAAGUGGAGGAGAUCAGCGGUGUGGCCUUUAUCUUCAACCAGAGAUUCUUCCAGGAGCUACGAAACGCCACAGGUAUUGACCUGGAGAACAUUGUCUAUUAUAAGGAUGACACUCAUUAUUUCGUCAUGACGGCUAAAAAGCAGAGUCUUCUGGAGAAAGGGGUCAUCCUGCGUGAUUAUGCAGACACAGAGAUGUUGCUCUCCCGAGGAAACGUGGACCAGAAUGCAUUGCUGGCUUAUGCCCGGCAGGCAGCAGACUUCUCCACCAAUCAUCAGCUGCCAACACUGGAUUUUGCCAUCAACCACUACGGUCAGCCAGACGUAGCUAUGUUUGACUUCACCUGCAUGUACGCCUCUGAGAAUGCAGCGCUCGUGCGGCAGCGCAGGGGACAUUCUCUGCUGGUCGCUCUGGUGGGGGACAGUCUGCUGGAGCCUUUCUGGCCUAUGGGGACCGGUAUAGCCCGGGGUUUCCUGGCUGCUAUGGACGCAGGCUGGAUGGUUCGCAGUUGGGGAAUGGGUGCCUGCCCUUUAGAGGUGCUGGCUGAGAGAGAGAGUGUGUAUCGGUUGCUUCCUCAGACGACGCCGGAGAAUGUCAGUAAGAACUACAGCCAGUACAGCCUGGACCCGUCCACACGCUACCCCAACAUCAACACUCAGCUCAUUAGUCCAGCUCAGGUUUACCACCUCAUAGACACAGAUGAAGGGCCGCUUUUGGGAAUGAACAUGACCCUGUCUCCAGCAUCAGUGCUCAACCGACAAGAUUCCACAGCUCGCUCAAAUAAGCUGCUGGGCUGGUGCCAGGAGCAGACGGAGGGUUACAGGAGUGUGUGUGUAACUGACCUCACCACAUCCUGGAGGAAUGGCCUGGCCCUCUGUGCUCUUAUACACAGAUACAGACCUGACCUCAUUGAUUUUGACGGUCUGGAGGAGAGCGAGGCUGAACUGAACUGGCAGUUGGGUUUGGAAAUAGCUGAACGGGAGCUCGGGGUCUCCCCCAUCAUGACCAUCCAGGAGCUGAGCAUGCUGGAAGAGAGCGACUCGCUGUGCAUGGUCAUGUACCUCAGCCAACUCCACGACCUCCUCAAAGACACAGUGCCUCUCAGUGAGAGUUUGAGUCCAGAGGAGAGAGCUGCUCUGCUCUCCAGCACCAAGUCUCCAAUGUGUUUACUCAACAGACUGGGGCAGAGUCUGUCUCGCAAACGCAACCCAAAGGAUAAGAAAGAGAAGGACGCUGAUGGAGUUGGCAAGAGAAGGAGGACAAGCCAAGCUGGUCUGUCAGAAGAUGAAGAGGGUCAGAAAGAUCACCGUGAUGACCACGCCCAGGCAGUGUCACCUGGAUCAGAGACGGGGACGGCAGUGAGCGGUAACCAGAGCAGGGUCAGGUCUAUGGCCACCCAGCUGUUGGCCAAGUUUGAAGAAAACGCCCCGUCACCUUCAGUGGCUGCGAUCCGGAGACAGAGUGGCUCCAUGCCAAAUCUGGACCAAAUCGUGUGUACUUCUCCCGUGCCUGAACCUCCGAGUGAACCUGUGCCUCCAACCCCAGUUCCUGCAUGGAGGAAGAAAAAGCGCACUCAGCAGCAGGAGCUGAUGAGCUUCCGCUACAAGGAAAUGAUCAAGGGGCAGUCUCUGCCCAGCAGGAGUGAGCAGAGAUACAUAAAGAUGUACACAGGGGGAGUGAGCUCAUUGGCUGAGCAGAUAGCCAGUCAGCUCCACAGACAGCAGGAUGACCCCAAGCCCCUUUUUGACAGGAGGGAGCUGGGUUCUCAGCGGAAGGAGUUUCCUGUGAGCAUGGGAGGCAGUGAUGUGUGUUAUUUCUGUGGCCGGCGUGUGUACGUGAUGGAGCGGUUGAGCGCCGAGGGGAAGUUCUUCCACAGGAGCUGCUUCCAGUGUGACCACUGUAGCUCUACACUGCGCCUCUCCAACUAUGUCUACGACCAACUCCAAGGGAAGUUCUACUGUAAGCAGCACUACAGCUACAGGCUGGCGGGAUUGGCUCAGAGGAAGAGGCCGGCUCCGACCCCGGCUCCUCUCCCUGUUCAGACACCCCCUGUCCCUCCUCCCACACCGCUAUGUGUGGACACGGCUACUCCCCCGGAUAACUGGUCCUCCAGCACUCCUCCUGACCUGGCAGCCAAGCUGGCCAAGCGGCUGUGCGGCACGCCGGAGCGCAUAGAGCUGGAGAACUACAGGCCGUGCCUUCAGGAGCAGGGCAGCCCUCUGGAGGAGGUGCCGGAGGAGAUGCUGGCUCAGCAUAACCUCAGCCUCAGCAAAGGGAGUGAGGAGCAGUCCAGUAGCUCAGAGUCAGAGCUGGAAGAUCAGGGGGAGGCGUCCUGGAGGAGGAGUAAGGAACCCCAGGCCACAACAAAUGGAGUGAGGGAGUCAGACAGAAGGGCGGAACAAAAAGGGGAGGAAGAAGAGGACGAUGAGAAGGAACGAGGAGAGGAAGAGGAAGAAGAGGAGGUCUCUGAGGAUGAAGAGGAAGAUGUGGGGAAUUACGAGGAAUCCAGUGAUGAGGGCGAAUAUAGCCCUUGGGAAAGGGAGCGGCUUUCGGGGGUGUGGCUAGAAGAAGAAGAUGCAGGUGUAAUCAAAGAGUCUUCUGAUGAGCAUCCUGAUGAGCCUGAAGUGAAACCCUGCUCAGACAGAAGGGGUAAAAAUAGCUGUGAAUUACAGAUUGAACAAAUUGAGCACUGCGUGCCCCAUAAAGACUGUUCUUCUCCAUCUGAAUACCUGCAUGCAGAUGUCGGCGUGUACACGUAUACACCCACGUCUGACCUGCCUGUGACUCCAGAGGACUCGCUAUCCAAGAGGACGGAGGUAAUCGAGGAAUUCUGGAUGAAGAGCGCUGAGAUCAGGAAGAGUCUGGGGCUGACGCCGAUGUCUCGGGAUCUGACGAGUACGGAUGGCUCUUCUACCCACAGUUCCAGCACUGGAGACACUUUUUACACCUCGAAUAUACACACACCAUCCCUUUACACAACCGCCUCCGACUCCCCCUCACACACCCCUCACAAAUAUAACUCAAGCAAUUGCACACGCAGCACCCAGACGCCUUCAUCUACAGACUUUGAAAGUAGUGCACACAUGCAUUCCUCGUCCGGCACGCCCGGGUCUAGCCGCUCUGGUACUUCAGUAGCAGGUGAGCCGGGGACGGGGCCGGAGCAGGUGAUAGCUCGCUGUUCCAUGGUCCACAGACUUAACAUCACUCUCGAGGGUCACGUGAUGGAGGACAGAGUGGCCUCGGCAUCUAACCACGUCUCCAGGAUCAUUGGGAACAAUCACAGAGACUUAGCACCAGAAUCAGGCCUUUUGACUCCUCCCUGCAGUCCACCUGUAGCCAGAUGCUACAGGCUAGCAGCAGAGCCAGCAGUAGAGAGAGAGAUUUUGUUAAAUUCUGGGAUCUCACAUCCAAGCAUGCUUCAGAAGGACAGACUCAAAAAAAAAGGCAUGGUCAGUGUUCAGAGACUCCCUCCAGACGAGGUGGAGGUUUUAUGUGCAGAUGAGGCUCACCCCUAUGCUAAUGCUACACCUGUUGAUGCUACAAAUCAGCUGCCAUCGAGGUCUAGCCUCAUGGAUCAACACAAGACGUCCAGCUUUCCUAACAUAUCCUCUGCCCCUGCCCCCGAGCAUGCUGGGAAGGACAAGAGGGAGGGCAGGAGGACGCUAACAGAAGGCCCCCUGCAGGUGGGUGGAGCUGAGGUGUGGCUGCGAAGGCCAGAAGCAGGGAAGUCAGGUGCAGAGGAGAAGGAGAAGAAGCGCUCUUCACUGUUUUCUCCACGCAAGAGCAGAAAAGGCGGAGAUACUCAGCAGGAAACCACCAAACACAAGUCUCUGUGGAAGAGCGUCUUCUCUGGCUACAAAAAAGAGAAGAAGCGGAAGGAGGCAGCAGCACUGGCUGCCACUUUACCAUCCGGUGCAGACCAAGAGAGCAGAAGGAGAAUGGCCAGCCUCGGCAGAACUACAGAUUUGUGCUUUAAGAAGACUUUAAGCCUCUCUGAAGACUCUGACCUGUCCUGCAACGCUGUGAUGGAGAGAUCCCCGCUCAGAACUCAGCUGAGUCAAGAGUUGUCUGACAUCAUCAGGGCAGAUGUUCAGAAAGAAACUAUCAAAGAAGAGGAGGAAGGUGUGGAGGAGCAUCAGGAGUCUCUUUACGUGCCUCACGCUCUGGCAUUCAGGAGAACAUACGCUGUUAAGAAACGCAGAAUGAAGUCGCAACAGCCGGCCAAGAAAACAGGAGCAGAGGAGGAGCUGGACGCCAAGCUGACCCGCAGAGUGCAGCGAGCCGCCCGCAGACAGGCCAAACAGGAGGAGCUGAGGAGACUGCACCGCGCUCAGAUAAUCCAGCGCCAGCUAGAGCAGGUAGAAGUGAAACAGAGGCAGCUGGAGGAAAAGGGGAUUGCUGUGGAGAAAGCGCUCAGAGGAGAAGCAGUUGAACCCUUUCUUGGUUCCCCUCAUAGAAGACCCGUCUCCCUCUGUCCUUGUUGCUCCUCAGAAGCUAGAGCCAAAGGCACAGAGCACGACCACUCGUUUUACGUCUGUACAGUCUUUUUCCUUUAUGUAGUGCACGAGCCUCCUCUCCACCAGCUAAGAAUGGGGAAGAAGGAUGACCCCAGUCUGAUGCAGCAGUGGUUUAAACUGGUCCAGGAGAAGAACGCUCUAGUGCGCUAUGAGUCUGAGCUCAUGAUUUUUGCAAGAGAGCUGGAACUGGAGGACAGGCAGAGUCGGCUGCAGCAGGAGCUGAGGGAGCGAAUGGCAGUGGAUGACCACCUGAAGGGGGAGGAUGAGCUGGAGGAGGAGAAACGUAUCCUGGGAGAGAUGCUGGAUGUUGUAGAACAGAGGGAUGCUCUAGUAGCUCUUCUGGAGGAGCAGAGAGUGAGGGAGAGGGAGGAGGACAGUGACCUGGAGGCAGUCAUGCUGUCCAAGGGCUUCAACAUGCACUGGGCCUAACACACACACACACACACACACACAGAUCUGCCUGUUUGAAAGAGGGAUGCACAGUUCUUUGAAGAAAGGAUUAUAAAGAAAGGGCUUUCCUUAACUUUCAGAAUACCUGCAUCUACAUUGUUCUGCUUUGGACCAUACUACUUAUAUAUAUAAAUAAAUGUAUUAUAAUAAUAAAGUAUUGUAGAUUGUCUGAGGCUUUAGCAAUUGCACAAAGUAAAUAUUGUAUCUAUAUUCAGAGAGAGACUCUCGAUAAGCUGAAGGGCCAAAUAAAACUCAUGUAGAAACUAAAUGGAAAUGCCUUGCUGCCAAAUAGUGUUCUGCUAACUAAGCUAUGUUACUAUGCAUAUGUAUAUCUUACAUUUUUGCUUAUUUUUAUGAUUUUUUUUAAACACAGAAGAGCAAUGCAGCCGUAUUUGAACCCUACUGACCGAUUCUGUUUUUGUUAUGUUUUUGAGAGAGAAUAAUGCAGACAGGAAUAAAGCCAUUGUGAAUGUGCAGGGUGUGGGAUUAGAUUGUAAAAUCUAAUGCUUAAUCCUGCUGCUUUGAACUGUGCUUGGAGGGUUUAAAGUGAAACUGAUCCACAGUAAACACUAAUACGAUGCCCUCCAGAAGUAUUAUAGCUAUAAAACUAGCAGAAAUAACAAACAUAUAUUGCUUUUUUUAUUUAUUGACUUUUUCUUUGCUCUAAAAAUGUGAAAGAAAUUUAACCUGAGUGACGUAAAAUUAUUCAAAGAAAAUAAUCUAUAUGUAUAUAAAAAAUAAAACAUUUUUC